CGUCUUUCUUGUAUCGGUUUUUUCUUGCGUUUCUGUUUCGAGUUUCAUACUGUAAAUUACAAAUUGAUUCAUAAAUUAAUUACGAUAUCUUCUUUCCAUUGACUUAUUAAUGUGUAUACAUAUUGGAUAUACUAAUGAUAAAUCGCCUGUUAAGUCCUCUUAUUGACUAUUUUUGAUGCUGAAUCUGUCAUUGGGUGUGCGUGCUAUACUGUUUUGAAACAAAGAAUUUGACUUCGCCAUGCGAGAUCUUAAAAAAUGGAAAAAACUGCGUUAAGCUGUGUCAACUUACCCGGGAACUACCUGCUGUCAGACGAGAGUUCUGAUCUGAGCGCUCAGGCCGUUUGCGGAUGGACGACGCCUCUCCGGUGCCUCGCGCGCCUCUGCCGACCCCCGCCCACCACGCGACGCUGCGCCAGCCCACAACCCAACCGAGUCAUGCCUCCAAUGAUAUUCCCUUUAUGAACAAUAUGGACGAAAUAUCAUACUGGAUCACCACCAAACAAGCACCGUGCCUCUUCAACUAUGACAAUGUGAUUAAGAGACAAUGCGUAAGAGCUCAGGCCUCAAAACCUAUAAGUGUUCAUAGUAUGGUAUUAGAUGCUUCUCCUAAAAAGAAAAAGAAACGGAAGUUGUCUUUGCUUGAUGACGAAUCACUAUCCUCGGGAAAGCAGCAUAAUCUGUAUUUUGACACCUCUCAAAACAAGAAUCAGAUAACAAUCUUGAAUAGCUGUAAGUCUGAUACCCUUGGCUCUGACUUAAAUUUCAACAUCAAAAGUCCAUCUUUACAAAAUAAAUCAAAAAAAACUAAAUUUAAUAAAUCAAAUAAAGCAGUUGUACAUAAGAAGAACAAAAUUGUGACUUCCACUCCUAAAGCAGUUGGCAUCUUGAGGAGAAGCUUGCGCAAAACUCAACGGACCAGCGACCAUAAUGGUCAUCCCAAUGAUUCCUUUGAAGUGUUAAAUGGUGAUAUAGUCAAUAGAAAUGGAGGUAAAUAUAACAAUGUCUUUUCCGGCAAAGAAAGGUUGUGCAGAAUUAAGAAAACACCUGAGGCAUUUGCAGGGGGUGACCUGAACACCCCCAAAAAAUCAUCUAACGAAACAAAUAAACUGAUGAAGGUGAACAGUGGUCAAUUUGAUGACAUGAGUGAUGUGUCUGGUUUCACUGCUAACUAUAUUAGAUCCACUAAAUUACAUUCUUCCAGGAACAAUAUACGCAAAGGAAAUAGAAAUUUUAUAAAAGAAUCAAAUCAUGUCACUAAAAAUGAUGACAAUUCAAUGUUAAUUUGCUUGAAUAAAUCUGUAAACACGGGAUUAUCAAAAACACCGUUAAUGAACUGUAGCAUGGACUCGUCACAAAAUGUUCUGAAUUUAGUUUCUUUGAAAACCAAUGAUAGGUCCGCAAAAAUAAACAAAAGCACUAGCUUGUUAAAGUUUAUGGAUGCAAGAAUUAUGCUUAAGCAUAAUGUGGAUGAUAAGGGAAUAUCGUCUAAUGAAGUUAAUAUUUCUUUUCAAUCUAAAAGCAGUCUAACAUCUAGAUAUCCAAUAAGAAAUAAAAACGUUUCAAUUAAUGAUGGAGUACCAAAAGGCAAAAUGAACAAAAAUUCUAAUGAGUUCCAUAAUUCAGAUAGAAAGGAGAACCCAGUUGAAAAUUCAAUAUCAAGGACAAGAAGUGGUAGACGCAUCGGCCUGAUGUUGCAACAUCCUGAGAAUUCUGUCUUAGUUCUCAGCAAUUCAAAGGAUCCGGUGAGCUCUAUAGCGAGUAUUAAUGUUGCUACACCGAACAACCAGAUGGGAGGUAGAUCUAAAAGGAGGAGCUGUAUAUCGCUAAAACCGUUAGAUAGCGCAAAGAAGAGUAUCAAAAAUGACCGCAGGGAAUCUCUGAGAGACAAAAGUGGUUUCGCUGCAUGUUUUUCUGAAAGUGACGAAGACAAUGGACCUAUGAGACAUAAGAAAUUUUUCUGUUAAUAUGUAAUUUGUUAUAUUAUAAAGACUGCAUACUUAUGAUAUUUUUUGUUGGUUAACAGUGCAUAUAAAACUGGUUUUUGGCUUAUACUAUAGUAAUAAUAAGGUGUAGUUCCUUGUAGUUUUGUCUAAUGGGCGUUUACUGGUGCCUACUAAGGUCACUUAACCGAUUCCCUGGAGAGUCUGCCUAUUCAGUGCCUCUAUCCAGUCUUUACGUGAUAUAUAUUCAAUGCAUGUUCAUUUACAUUAGUCAUGCUCACUUAUAGAAUCAAUUUUACGAAUAUGUUAUUAGUUCGUAUGACGCAAAUAAAAUUUGUGUUUAAAAUUUGCUGUUUUAAGAAGUGCC